AUGAAAAAUCUUUCAAUUAAUCUUUCAUCGGCUCAAUCUUCCUCGAAUUCUCUCGUCUCACCGCUCUCAGAUUCCCUGAGUACUAUUGACACACAGCAAGACCUCUACCAACCUAUUCGUCCGAGACGGCCGUCCGUGCUCUCCUUGCCAAGUACUGGUAUCGCUACUGUUCUUCAUCGAACGGAUGAAGAUGGUUCUCCCACCGCACCAUAUGUGAAUGGUCCCAUUCAAAUUCUUCCCGGAAUCUGGCUUGGUUCUGAGGACAACGCGCGAGAUUGGCAAGGCCUCCUGGAGCGCCGGAUCAAAGCGAUCCUCAACGUUGCAAAGGAAGUCACGUCACCUUUUGAUUCUUCUGCUGCGCAACCCCUGCGACCCUUCGCAUCUACUCCCAAUCUCAGUUCCAAAGCAUCCAAGGCGAUGCAAUCCACGACCUCCACAUAUUACCCUGCCCAUAUUCCCUCUGGGCGUCCAGGCAUGCAUUACUUGAAGUUGCCUUGGUCUCACGGACAGGCAGAUCUCGUUCAUGAAGGAUUUCCUACAGCUAUGACUUUUGUAGAUGCUGCACUCGGUCGUCAUGAAGGCGUGCUCAUCCAUUGCCAGUGCGGCAUCUCCCGCUCAGCUACAAUGGCCAUCGCUCUUGUCAUGCGCGCCGCUGCCAUGUGUUUACCUAACGUACCCCCUGAGGUGUGGCAGCUGAAAGGCAUGCAAGCAGCAUACUCAUUUGUAAAAGAGAAAAGUAAGCAUGUUGGUCCAAAUAUGUCUCUCAUUUACCAAUUAUUGGAAUAUGAAAAGGCCCUCAAAGGCGGCGGUCCCUCGCCCGCCGAAUCAGACAAGAGUGGGGGUCGCCGCCGUAACGCGUACGGUAAUGAUGAAUCGGAUGACAGAGACGAUGCUAUCCAACAGGAGGCUAAAGACCUCGACCGGGCUAUGGAAGAACGCAUAAUCGCAAGGAAACCUUCGGUAUCCUCUGUUGCUUCCUCAUCGGGGGUGGGCAUGGGUCCGGCGUGGCGCAGCCGAUAUGGGCGCAAGCGAACUGGCUCAGUUGCCAGCAUCCAUACUACCGGCAGCGUCCUGAGCGAGGAUUUGGUUGAAGCGGACGAGGAACAAGAGCUAUUAGGAAUUGGUGGAGGCUUCGAUGAAGCCACCGAACCUCGAAGAAGUCCGUGUUUGUCAUUAUCCAGUGAAUCGCCUGGCACAAGCGAACCUAGUACUCAACCUUCGUCUUGUAAAGCUCCACUCCAUCGCCCACCCUUACGAAGCAAAUCGUUUGAUCCUGUGCCUUCGGCACCUGCAACGAAACUUACAUUCAAUAUCCAUCAACCCCCCGGCACGGCAGUGCAAUCGACUUUCAACUUCCCUGCGGGCAAGGGCAAGCGGCGACCGCCACCGUUGGGCAUACUACCCCCGGUACCCCCUUCCCCCAUCACACCUAUCGCUGUGCAAGACAGUCAAGAGACACCUCGUACCCGUCGCCGGACGCCGGCCCGUAAACCAGCGCCGCCCCCGCUCAAGCUCCGCGGAAACGCCAGUCAAUUUGUAUUUCCCCCCAAAACUACCCCAUCACGACAACUCAUUGCUGCGACGCCCUCUCAGACUCUGUUCGUCUUCCCACCUUCACCCAAGACUCUCACGACUGCAUUGCGCACGCCAUCUACUAUGACUGUAACAUCCAACGUACAGAACACCGCCUACCCAUUCCCAUCACAGCACACCCCUCGAGUAUCCACCUCUCGUUCUCAUGGUCGUUUGAGGUCUUUCAUUGGCGUCGGGACUUCGGUGGCACCGACAACGGCAUAUUCUCGUGUCGAUGCGCGAGGUUGGGUUGGAUUGGAGUAA